AUGUACUUCAACAUCGCCAUCGAUAAUGAGCCCCUGGACCAGAUUACUUUCGAGUUCUUUGCAGACAAGGUUCCAAAGACAGCAGAAAACUUCCACGCUGUGAGUACUGGAGAGAAGGGAUUUGGUAACAAGGGAUUCUGCUUCCACAGAAUCAUUCCUGGGUUUGUGUGCCAGAGUGGUGACUUCACGAGCCAUAAUGGCACUGGUGGCAAGUCCAUCUAUGGGGAGAAAUUUGCUGAUGAGAACUUCAUCCUGAAGCAUACUGGUCCUGGCAUCUUGUCCAUGGCAAAUGCUGGACCCAACACAAACGGCUCCCAGUUUUUCAUCUGUACUGCUAAGACUGAUUGGUUGGAUGGCAAGCAUGUGGUCUUUGGCCAAGUGAAAGAAGGCAUGUACAUUGUGGAAGCCAUGGAGUGUUUCGGUUCUCGGGAUGGCAAGACCAGCAAGAAGAUCACUAUCGCUGACUGUGGACAACUCUCCUAA